GGACUUCAUCUCCCGGCGUGCAUCGGUGCGGCCGCGCAGGCGCAGACGGGUUUAUUUAGCAUCCAGACAUCCGGAAGCUGCGCUGGGGGAAACUGGCCGAACGGGACAGAAGCUGGUGUGAUGGAGAGGUGAUGUGCACAUAGCCAGAAGAGUGAUCAGGCCACCGUAGCCAUGACUGAGUGCUUCCUGCCCCCCACCAGCAGCCCCGCUGAGCAGCGCAGGGCUGAGCACCCAGGGGGCGUGGCACGCACCCCCAGUUCCGAAGAGAUCAGUCCCACCAAGUUCCCGGGGUUGUAUCGCACCGGUGAACCAUCGCCACCUCACGAUGGCCAUCAUCAUCAUCAUCACGAGGCACCUGACGCCUACGUCUCAGAUGAUGACAAAGAGCACGGCAAGAAGAAGAACAAGUUCAAGAAGAAAGAGAAAAGGACGGAAGGAUACGCCGCCUUCCAGGAGGACAGUUCAGCAGAUGAAGCAGAGAGCCCGUCCAAGAUGAAGCGCUCCAAAGGAAUCCACGUAUUCAAGAAGCCGAGCUUCUCCAAGAAAAAGGAAAAGGACUUCAAGGUGAAGGAGAAGGAGAAGGAAAAGGAGAAGGAGAAGGGCCCCAAGGAGGACAAGGCCAAGGAUAAGAAAUCCAAGGACCUGACGGCUGCAGAUGUGGUGAAGCAGUGGAAAGAAAAGAAGAAGAAGAAGAAACCAACAACGGAGGCAGAGCCAGUCCCAGUGGAGAUCCCCACCUUCAGGCCAAUCUUUGGAGCUCCCCUGACAGAAGCUGUCAAGAGGACAGCUCUGUAUGAUGGCAUUCAGCUGCCAGCCAUCUUCAGAGAGUGUGUGGACUACAUCGAAAAUUAUGGCAUGAAGUGUGAGGGCAUCUACCGGGUCUCAGGUAUGAAGUCGAAGGUGGAUGAAUUAAAAGCAGCAUACGACCGCGAGGAGUGCCCCUGUCUGGAGGAGUAUGACCCCCACACGGUUGCCAGUCUCCUGAAGCAGUACCUCCGUGAGCUGCCUGAUAAUCUAUUGGGCAGAGAUCUGGCCCAGCGCUUCGAGGACGCCUGCGGUCGGCAGGUGGAGGCCGAGAAGAUGACAGAGUUCCAUAGGCUGCUAUCCGAGGUGUCACCGGAGAGCCGACUUCUUCUCUCCUGGCUCAUUACUCACAUGGACCACGUCAUCGUCAGGGAGGCUGACACCAAGAUGAACAUUCAGAACAUCUCCAUCGUCCUCAACCCGACCAUACAGAUUGGGAACCGUGUUCUUUACAUGUUCUUCACACACGUGACGGAGCUGUUUGGAGACAUAGUGCUGAAGCAGGUGGUGCGACCGCUCCGCUGGUCCAACAUGGCAACGAUGCCGGCGCUGCCCGAGACCCAGGAGAACAUCAAGGAGGAGAUCAGACGACAGGAGUUCCUGUUGAACUGCCUGCACAGGGACCUGCAGGCGGGGGUGAAGGACUUGUCCAAAGAAGAGCGACUCUGGGAAGUUCAGCGAAUCCUGACGGCUCUUAAACGCAAACUGAGGGAGGCCAAACGCCAGGAUUGUGAGAGUAAAAUAGCUCAGGAGAUAGCGAGUCUGUCAAAGGAAGAUGUUUCAAAAGAGGAAAUGACUGAGAAUGAGGAGGAAGUUAUUAACCUCCUCUUAGCACAGGAAAAUGAGAUCCUGACAGAGCAGGAGGAGCUAAUCUCUCUUGAGCAGGUGCUUCGUAGACAGAUCGCUACAGAGAAAGAAGAAAUCGAGAGACUGCGAGCAGAGAUUGCAGAUAUACAGAGUCGGCAGCAGGGUCGCAGUGAAACAGAGGAAUAUUCGUCGGACAGUGAAAGUGAAAGUGAAGACGAGGAAGAGCUGCAGAUGAUUUUGGAAGAUCUGCAGAAGCAAAAUGAGGAACUAGAGAACAAGAACACUCACCUGAACCAGGCCAUCCAUGAGGAGCAGGAAGCCAUUUUGGAGCUCCGCGUCCAGCUUCGCCUCCUGCAGAGCCAGAAACUGCAGCAGGAACUGACUGUUCAGCCGCCGGCCGAGCAGGUGCCACCCCCUCAGCCGAGCCCGGAGGCUCGCAGUGAGGAGCAGGCCAAACGCCCUGUCAUCACAGCGACUGCUGGCACCGACACGACUGCCUCAGCCAAUGGAAAGGCAGCUAAGGAUCCAUCGAAGCCCUCGCCAGGCAAAGACAGGAGAGACACCAACAUGUGACGUGUCUGCGACGUCUCUGCCGCUGGUCACUUGUCCUUUAGCAUCACUCGUCAUCCACUGGAGAUUUCACAUUGCUGGAUCAGUGCGUUCAUGAUUGAUUGUGUCCACAGAGGGACAGCCAUGUAAAAAUAUUUUAUAUGUCCAUCGUCUUUGGUUCCCCGACUCUCAGCACAAAUCCUUCUCAUUUUCCCACAAAGUACAUAAGAAGAAGAAAUAGAGCAGUUGCUGGUGGACAGCUGGCGACGGAUGUGAGAGACGAUGGGGGGGGCCAUAUUUUCAAAUCCACAGUGCCAAGCCUGUAUGAGGGGAGGGGGGGGCUGUAAGAGAGUGUAGACUACAGAAAGUUUAUUUUUACAGGUGAGGGCUCAAGAAAUAAUCUCAGUCCCUGUAACUUGUUUUGUCCCUUACCCUGAAAUUUCUCACGUUAGGACAGAGACCACUGUGCCAUACCUGAAGAUGCCAGACUGGACGCGUUCCCCCAGAGAACCACUAACACAAAAAGCUCUUUGAAUUAUGAAGAAUUUAUGAUUGGUCUAUCUAUAUAUUGUAUAUUUAAGUAGUAUUCUGAAGAAUACAAAUGACUAUUCAACAAAUGCAUUGAUUUUAAAUUAGUGCUUUUUAGUAAUAUAUGAUUAUAUAUGUAUAAAUAUAUUGUAGAUGCUUUCUUUUCCUUGGAACAGCUUUGGUGUCGUAUGUCACAGCUGACCAGUGGAUGAAACGGCAAACAAAUACACAGGAAAAAACGUCACCGCAAACGUAGACCAACAGCUGGAGGCAACACUUAGUAGUGCAAUCAUAUUACUAGGAAACAUUCCUCCAGUGUUGCGACGGUAUAACAAAUGUGUAGGCUCAUUUUUGUUGUUGUGUAUUUGUUUGUGUGUGGUUGUUUAACUCUUGUGUGGAGUUAUUACUUAUGACAACAUUGGGCCGUGAGUGAACGCAACCAACUCAAUCAUUUCAUUUCUCAGCCGAUCCAUGACUGUUGUAAAAGUACUGUCAAUAGCAUGGCCUGGCUUACUUUGCUGCAUCUGUAUAUUAUUGUAAUAUUGCAAACAUACUGUAUUUCCGGCUCUUAUGUUUUGUCUUUUUUAAUUAAUGACCUGUAUGAAGUAUGUGAGUGUGACUGCAUUUGCUUUGGUCACGGGCAAAUCGAAACAAACUCAUGGAGACUCAUGAUCCAGUGUGUUUAUUAAUCCUGUGACUGAAACAGAGAAAUGCUUGAUCGGGCUGAGAAGCUUCUCACAAGGUUAUUUUCUUAUUGAUCUGAGCUUUUGUAGCUUAUUGUUGCAGACAGAAUAAUGCUGUGAAGAAUAAAGUGUCAAUCCGAAUCACU